AUAGAAAUUACGGGGUGAAUAGACACAAAACCAGGAAAGUUUUUUAUACCAUAAUAUACAAUGAUUUUCGUCAGUAAAUCUACUAUUUUUAUUUAAAUUUUUAAGAGAGAACAUUUUUUUUUACACUGGCAAACUCUGAUUCGACGUGAAGUUAGGCAAAGGUAAAAUAAAAUACGUUUGAAUGUAGUCGGUCGAACUACGUUAAUUUGUACUCCAGAAAAGUUACUAAUUCUUUAUAUGUUAAACGUUGUGUUCAGUGAUAAAAGUUUGAUUUUAUUAUUCUGUGGUUCAUCAGGAACAAAUUUUGUGUAUCGGUAAACAUAUCCAACAUGCCGCGCAUAUAUAAAGCAGAUCCAAGGGGCAAAAGGUAUAAUAAAUAUGAUGUAAGUCUUAUAUCCGAAGCAGUAGAAGCAUAUAGAUCUGGCAAUAAAUCUCUAAAAUUCAUAGCUGACAAAUUUAAAAUAGACAAAUCAGUAUUAUAUAGGCACGCUACUCGAACUAUGAAAAGGCACGGGGGUCAGACUGUCCUGUCCGAGGAGACUGAGGAAACGAUAAUAAAAUAUAUAAAUAUAUGUGCCGACUGGGGUUAUCCAAUGGACUCUUUAGAUUUGCGAUUCCUUGUUAAGUAUUAUCUUGAUAAAGUAGGAAGGACAGUCUUAAAAUUUAAAAAUAAUUUGCCUGGCCCAGACUUUGUAAGAAGCUUCUUUAGGAGGCAUAAAGACCAAAUAUCGCAACGAAACUGUCAAAAUAUUAAAAAUAAUAGGGCAGCAGUCUCGCCAAUGUCGUUAAAAAAAUAUUUUGAAGAAUUAAAACUGUCUUUAGAAAAUGUUGAGGCUCAGAAUAUAAUAAACUAUGACGAAACGAAUUUAACCGAUGACCCUGGCCGGAAAAAAAUCAUAACAAAACGUGGUACUAAGUACCCAGAAAGGGUAGUCAACCAUUCUAAGUCCUCCAUAUCGAUAAUGAUGUCAGCUACCGCUGAAGGGGAUUUGUUGCCACCCUAUGUGGUGUACAAGGCCCAAAAUUUAUACGAUACGUGGUGUGAGAAUGGGCCAGCGGGAACUAGAUAUAAUCGGUCUCAAAGUGGAUGGUUCGACGGCAAUAUAUUCGAAGAUUGGGUAAAAUCCAUUGUUUUGCCUUAUUUUAGAAACAAAGAAGGGAAAAAGGUUCUUAUUGGGGACAAUUUGUCAUCACACUUGUCUUUAGACGUAAUAAAAUUAUGUCAUGAGCAAGAUAUAUCAUUCAUCUUUUUCCAGCCAAUAGCACACAUUUAA